ACGUCGUUGUGAUGAUGUCACGGGGGGGCGGAGCCGAGCGAGAUCUGCUGCAUCUGGUACACUUACGUGAUCGCGCGGUUCCCGGGGAUGCAACCACAAAUUUAACAUCGUUUCUUUAACGCACUGAAAUUAAAUCACGACGCCGGGGCCGACGAAGCGAUUGUUGAGGACCUGAUUUGCCAUGGCUGAGCAGCAGAGGCAGCGCACUCUCUCCACCUCUGGAGAAUCACUCUAUCAUGUUCUGGGUGUCGACAAAGUGGCCACUGUUGAUGACAUCAAGAAGUCAUACAGGAAACUGGCAUUGAAAUAUCAUCCUGACAAGAAUCCUGACAAUCCUGAGGCAGCUGAUAAGUUUAAAGAGAUAAACAAUGCCCAUGCCAUUCUUAACGACCCAACAAAGAGAAACAUCUACGACAAGUAUGGCUCUCUGGGACUUUAUGUGGCUGAACAGUUUGGAGAAGAGAAUGUCAACACUUACUUUGUUCUGUCCAGCUGGUGGGCCAAGGCUCUGUUUAUUUUCUGCGGCCUGGCUACAGGCUGCUACUUCUGCUGUUGCCUGUGCUGCUGUUGUAACUGCUGCUGUGGGAAGUGUAAACCACGGCCACCUGAAGGACAGGAACAGGAAUUCUAUGUCUCCCCUGAGGACUUAGAGGCCCAACUGCAGUCCGAUGAGAGAGAGGCAGGUGGAGGUGAGCCUAUUGUGAUGCAGCCCUCGUCUGCUACAGAAACCACCCAGCUAACAUCCGACGGUUACCAUACUACUUACCACACUGACACCGGCUUCAACUAAAAGCCUCACCCUCUUCACCUCCACCCCGUGGCUUGUCUCUCGCCACUCUGUGCCAUUUAGCUGAGGGAAAAAAUAUAUGAAUGGAAAGAAUCCUUCAACUACAACUAAAAAAGCCUGUUUUUGAGAUGGAGGAAAGCCAGCGAUGGAGCUGAAUUCUUUAGCGUAUCCUGUCCCUUAUUCAAACACCGCUUCCAUCACCCACACAAGAGUGGCACACAUCCGCCUCACCGUACCGUAACUUAAAAAACGAGCUUAAGAAAAAAGAUAAAAAUGAUCCUGUCGUUUACCCUGAUCUCUUUGUUGCCUUUGACCUCCGAUCUUGCCUUCCACUCGUUCCCUCGCUCCUCCAGCCAGAUUUGCUCGUCGUCCUGUGGCAUGCACUGUUCCUUGACUUUGUUUAAUGAAUUUUUCGCAGUUUUUGGUAUAUUUAUUGACAUGAAAUGUUUGUUCCCAUUUAUACGUACUUGAGUGUGGUUUAAAGUUGACUCCGUGAACGUGCCAUAGGUGGCUGCACUGCGAAACAGCAGGAAUAUAUUUCCCUCUUAAAAUCUCAAAUAUUCUCUUCGCAUACCUCUCCAAUCCUCCAGAGUUUGAAUCUUUCGUGUUCCUAUAGGCCAUUUUAUCUGCUUUGUGUCAUUAAAUUUAAGUUUAAUUUUGAAAUUAACAACAUUUUACGUUAAUUGGGUUCUAUGGAUUGCUUCACUUUGUUUUUUUCAUUUCAUAAUAGCUUCACUUUUUUGAGAGAAAGAGAGAGAUACAAAUGAUGCAAUUGAUAACAUGCCAUUCCUUCUUAGUAUUUUGCUCAUUUACAUCUGGGUGUUUGUGUUCCUGUGUUGUUUUGAGGACUAUUUGCAACAAGCUGAGCAAAAAUUAGGACUCUUCUCUAUAUAUGGAAUGGAUUUAGCUGUCAUCUCUUUGUAGUUUGUAGGUUGUUCAUUGAUGUGGGCACUCAGCUUUGGUCUUAGUGUUAAGCUCAGUUUGGCCCAGUUGUGUCUCUUUUCUCUUGUUAAAAGAGAAUCGCGAAUGCAAACUGACAUAAACUCCCAUAGUGUCAUAUCUUGAGUGUGUACGUAAGGUGGAAACUAAAACAGAUGACAUUUUUAUAUAGAUAUACAAUCUACACACAUCACAUGUAUGUACAAUAUAUGUAUAUUUUGAGCAUUUUUAUAUUUUAGUUAAGAUAACUAUUCUUUGUGUCUGUGGUACUGGCCUCUUGUGGUCACUUGAGACUCCCUAUGCCAAGAUAUACUGUAUAUUGUGAGAGAAAUGCUUGUUUUUUUGCAGUCAUUAAUUACUGGGUGGUAGCCAUUUAAGUUGUUUGUUUAUCAGAUUAUUUAUUGAAGUGGCAAAGCUCUUUUUAACACUACUAGCAUCUGAAUACAGGUUCAAAGUUCAAUCUCAAGGCCUGAAAUGACUAUAUAUAUAUAUAUAUAUAUAUAUAUAUAUAUAUAUAUAGUCAUAUAUAACCUGACUUAAUUGUCACAAAAAUAAUACAUACACUUUUAAUUGUCUUAAAAACAGGCUUUUUUUUCUUUGUGCAAAAUAUACUGUUUUUUUUGUCCUGGCAAAUCCUUCCUCUUUCUGAGGGCAGAGUUCACAAUGAAGCAAACGCAAGACUGUGUGAGAAUAUUAUUAUUAUUUUGGCAGUUACCUUUUCCUUCAUUUCGUGAAGUUGGAUAGAUAACAUUUUUUUGAUAGAUUCCCCUCUGAGCAGUCUCAGAGAUGUGGCAUUAUCCCUCAAAAGAUUAAACUAAUAAAUUAAACCAUUAAACUAUUUUUGUGUCAUAUAGCCUAAUUAUGUGAUAGGAUCCUGAACCUUCAUUGUGUUGCUCUUGGUUACAUUUACGCUUUGUAUUUUCAGUGAAAUUGUGAAUUAGAUGGUGUGUGGUGAUGUCACCAACAGCUGAAAGGGUUUGAGACAGUAUAUCUGAAAGUGCUUUAAUAACCUCCUUAUACCAAACCUGAUUUUCUGAAUUUGCAGUUACAAACACUGAGAUGAUCAUCGAUGCCAUAUUGACUCAUGCUUUUAACUCAAACAUCCCUCACUGCCUGCUUAGAUGGGCAGGUCUGUAUUGUUUUUGUCAUUUGUCUGUUCUUAUUUUUCAUUCUCAGCUCUAACUGGAGCUUAAUACAAAUGUCACCAGCCAUGUUUAUUCACACUUUCUAGUUACUCUUCAAAGGCCAAUGAUUUUUCAUUGAAUUGUUUACAUUUCGUUAUUGAGUACAAUGGUAUCUUCAAUCACUAUCUGCUCUCUUUCUCCUCUCUCUCUCUCUCUCUCUCUCUCUUAUUCUGUUUCUCAUUCCCUCGGUCCAAUGCUCUAGAUGGUUUUUAAUGGAUGUUAGCCUCUGUGGUCUUUUUCCUGUGCAUUUAUCUGUAUCAGAACUACACUUGUAUAAACAGUAUGGCUUAUUCAUUAAAAUGUUGAAUUUUAAGUUGAAUGAACCUUGCUGAAAAAAUAAAACAUACUGGAGUAAAAUUGUCAAGAAAUUGUUGCAUAUUAUGUCUUCAGAAAGAAGAGAAAAUGUUUAGUGUAAUUAUAGUGAAAUGGUAAUUUUAUGCAUUUUUUAAUUUUAUUUAUGAUCUUAUUUUGUCAUGUUUAUAAUGAAUUGUCCUUGUUUCAAAUGGUAUGUUAAAUGAAUCUGAAUCUAAAACUAUGCUACUCAUAGUUCUAUAGUGAAGGUCUCUUGUACAUACACUGAAUUAUUAAAAAUAAUAAUACUAGACCUUUAUGUUGUAGCAUGGUUAUUGUAUGACUAAAAGAUAAAAAACAUUUAUUUGCUGGUGUAAAAUAAAUGUUUAUGAACAUUU